CUUGUAUCUAUAAGAACGAUACGCAAAAAAUAAAAUCAAAACAAAUCAAAUUUUCCACAAAAUACCCUUCCUUUUGCUUAAAAAAAAAAAAAAUAAUAAAAUAAGUUAACGAAGAGCAAGCUAAACUAUCAAUACUCGUGCGUAUCUAUGGAAUUUAGUGAGACUUUGGAAGAAUUGGACGAUGAAACAUACGAUGAGGAAAAAAUGGCCAGAACUUCUGAUGAAAAUCGAAAACAAAAUCACAGCGAAAUCGAAAAACGACGGCGGGAUAAAAUGAACACUUACAUCAAUGAGCUAUCCUCCAUGAUACCCAUGUGCUAUGCCAUGCAUCGUAAAUUGGAUAAAUUAACCGUUUUACGCAUGGCAGUCCAACAUCUGCGCAGUAUACGUGGAGCAGUGCAUGCCUACAGUGGCGGUGACUGUAAGCCAACAUUUCUAUCCGAUCAAGAAUUGAAAAUGUUAAUACUGCAGGCAGCCGAAGGAUUUUUAUUCGUAGUGGGUUGUGAUCGGGGACGUAUACUUUAUGUAUCGGAAUCGGUAUCAAAUGUUUUGAACUAUACACAAACAGAUUUGUUGGGCCAAAGUUGGUUUGAUGUUUUGCAUCCGAAGGAUGUGGCCAAGGUAAAGGAACAGUUGUCAUCGUUAGAUCCCUGUCCCAGGGAAAGAUUAAUAGAUGCCAAAACCAUGCUUCCCGUAAAAACAGACAUACCCCAAAGUUUAUGCCGCCUAUGUCCGGGUGCUAGAAGAUCCUUUUUCUGUCGCAUGAAACUAAAAGCCGCCAGUAGUAGUCAAAUCAAGGAGGAAUCCGAUACUUCUUCCAGUUCACGCAGCUCCACCAAACGUAAAUCAAAAUUAAGUAUGGAUGAGAAAUAUCGGGUCAUACAAUGUACGGGCUAUUUGAAGUCUUGGGCACCUAUCAAAGAAGAAAAUCAAGAUGCUGACAGUGAAGAUCAAAUAACAAAUCUCUCCUGCUUAGUGGCCAUAGGUCGUAUACCCUCGAAUGUUAAGGCAGAUAAAAGCACCUCCUCACUGGACAAUCAUCCUAAUGUGAGGCAUGUUAAUUUUCUAUCUAGACACUCGGUGGAUGGUAAAUUUUUGUUUAUAGAUCAAAGAGCCACCUUGGCAGUGGGUUUUUUGCCUCAAGAAAUCCUUGGCAGCAGUUUUUAUGAAUACUUCCAUCCCGAAGACAUACCCGCUUUGGCUGAAUCCCAUAAACUGGUUCUGCAGGUAGCCGAAAAGGUUACCACCCAAGUUUAUCGUUUUCGCUGCAAGGAUAAUAGUUUUAUUCAAUUGCAAAGUGAAUGGCGUGCAUUUAAAAAUCCUUGGACUACGGAAAUUGAAUAUAUAAUGGCUAAGAAUUCGGUAUUUUUAUAAGCAUUUAGAGUACGACUACUAAUUAGUAUAUAUUUUUUUUUAACCAGGACAAAAUAAAAUCGUAUUGAUGUGUGUGUGAAAGAUAAU